AUGUCGAUUGUGGUAGAUGAUGUGAUAAAAGCACAGCGGAGUACACACUGGGCGUUAAGCUGGAGGCUGAUGAAGAAGAAGAAGAAGAAGAGGAAGAAGAAGAGGCAGAAAAGGAAGAAGAAGAAAAUGAAGAGGAGGCAGAAGAAGAAGAAGAAGAAGAAGAGGGGGAGAGAAGAAGAAGAAGAAGAAGAGGCAGAAGAAGAGGCAGGAGAAGAAGAGGCUAAAGAAGAGGCGGAAGAAGAAAAAGAGGCAGAAGAAGAGGCAGAAGAAGAGUCAGAAGAAGAAGAGGCAGGAGAAGAAGAGGCAGAAGAAGAGGCAGGAGAAGAAGAGGCUGAAGAAGAGGCAGAAGAAGAAAAAGAGGCAGAAGAAGAAGAGGCAGAAGAAGAGGCAGAAAAAGAAGAGGCAGAAGAAGAAGAAGAGGCAGAAGAAGAAGAAGAGGCAGGAGAAGAAGAGGCAGAAGAAGAGGCAGAAGAAGAAGAGGCAGAAGAAGAGGAGGCAGGAGAAGAGGCAGAAGAAGAUGAGACAGAAGAAGAAGAAGAAGAGGCAGGAGAAGAGGCAGAAGAGGAAAAAGAAGAAAAAGAGGCAGAAGAAGAAGAGGCUGAAGAAGAGGCAGAAGAAGAGGCAGAAGAAAAAGCGGCAGAAGAAGAAGAGGCAGGAGAAGAAGAGGCUGAAGACGAAGAGGCAGAAGAAGAAGAGGAAGAAGAAGAGGCAGAAGAAGAAGAAGAGGCAGCAGAAGAAGAGGAGGAGGAACCACGAACUAGCAAUGGUGAACUGCGCGUUGAGAACUUAGCAGGUCACGGUGACCCGUCAGUGUCGAAUGGUGCUCUCUACGUGAAUAACCGAGAUGUUACGAGACUUGUUAUACCAUUUACUAAUCAAAACCUACGAAGUCAGCAUUUAGUGAUAUGAAUUAUUUUAUAUGUAUAUACAGCAGUAUUUUAAUAAUAUACGACAUUCGUGAAAAGCCUAAUCUUGUCAUUUGUAUGUCAAAUGUUUAGUUUGCAUCAUGCCGUUGUGUUCGGCGACAGUCGACGUUUGUGAAAAUGUGUAACAUUCCAUGUUUUUUUAACACUUCCUCAGUUCCAGUAGCGAUCUCCCUCGUUUCAAAUGGGUAUACGUUUCUGUUCAUGUGAUACUUUUAAUUUAUAUAAUUUAUAUUUACACUGUGGAAAUGUUUAUUAAAACGAGCUAUUUUCAAAA